AACUGGCCAUUGGGGAGAGUAGCGCCCUCGCCGUCGGACGCCCCGAACUGACGGCAAAGUUAGCCCAGAGGCAUGGAAGGAACGGCAGCCGCCCCGGCCGAGAGCGCAGCUAUGAGCUACGACGUGGUCGUGGUUGGGGGAGGCAUCUCAGGCAUGUCAGCAGCUAAAUUGUUGUUUGAAUCGGGACUUAGUGUGGUGGUUUUAGAAGCUCGUGACAGAGUUGGGGGAAGGACUUUCACCAUUAGGAACCAGCAAGUAAAGUAUGUCGAUGUUGGUGGAGCCUAUGUGGGACCUACACAGAAUCGGAUUCUGCGACUGGCUAAAGAACUUGGGAUAGAAACUUACAAAGUGAAUGUACGUGAGGCUACCCUCCUACAUACAAAGGGAAAAUCCUAUUCAAUGCAUAAUAUGUUUCCUUCUACAUGGAACCCUUUCAUACAUCUAGAUUACAUCAAUUUCUGGAGAACAAUGGAUAAACUGGGAAAAGAGAUUCCUGCUGAAGCACCAUGGGAUGCACCAAAUGCAAAAGAGUUGGACAAAAUUUCAAUGAAACACUUCAUCGACAAACAUUGCUGGACAAAAGCUGCUAGGGACUUUGCUACAGCCUUUGUCAACGUCAAUGUCACAUCGGAGACACAUGAAGUCUCUGCUCUCUGGUUCCUGUGGUAUGUGAAGCUGUGUGGGGGAACCACCAGGAUUUUUUCUAUAACCAACGGAGGACAGGAAAGAAAAUUUAUCGGAGGUUCUGGACAAAUUACAGAAAAGAUAAUGGAACUACUCAGAGAUAAAGUUAAACUCGAGAGUCCUGUAGUCCAUAUUGACCAGUCAGGUGAUAGCGUCAUUGUGGAGACACUGAACCAUGAGAUAUAUGAGGGCAAGUAUGUCAUUAGUGCCAUCCCACCAAUAUUGACUGGAAAGAUUCAUUUCACUCCGGAACUGCCAACAAUAAGAAACCAAUUAAUCCAGCGCCUCCCGAUGGGUUCCGUCAUUAAAUGCAUGAUGUACUACAAAGAAGCCUUUUGGAAGAAGUUGGGUUUCUGUGGUUGCACAAUUAUUCUGGAUGAUGAUGCUCCCAUUUCAGCAACAUUAGAUGAUACUAAACCAGAUGGAUCCAUACCUGCUCUUAUGGGAUUUAUCCUUGCAAGAAAAGCCUUUAGACUAGCAAAUAGUAGCAAAGAAGAGAGAAAGAGAAAAAUCUGUGAAUUGUACGCUAAAGUGCUAGGAUCAGAAGAAGCUUUACAUCCAGUGCAUUAUGAAGAAAAGAACUGGUGUACAGAACAAUAUUCUGGAGGCUGUUAUACAGCAUAUUUUCCACCAGGCAUUAUGUCUCAAUAUGGAAGAAUAAUACGUGAGCCCGCUGGCAGAAUCUACUUUGCUGGCACUGAAACAGCAACCCAGUGGAGUGGCUAUAUGGAAGGAGCUGUGCAGGCUGGAGAGAGAGCUGCUAGAGAGAUAUUGCAUAGCAUGGGGAAAAUUUCAAAAAAUGAAAUUUGGGUAACAGAACCAGAAUCAAAGGAGGUUCCAGCGAUUCCAAUUACCACUACAUUUUGGGAGAGAAAUUUGCCAUCUGUUCCUGGACUGCUGUACUUUCUUGGAUGCUCUACUUUCAUCACCUCAUUGGCUACAACUGGAUUCUUGGCGUACAAAAAGGGACUUCUUUCCCGAUAAUGUAUCUGAGCCACAAUUUUCCAUUUAUUUCCUUCAUGCUAUGAAUUCUGUUCCUGAAAAGCUGUCUUUCAUGCCCUUUGGAACACCUGGGUUAACACAUCCCAACCAAUUUAAUUCACUUUCCUUUAGAACACAAAGUGAGCCAGGAAAGAUUUGCUUUUGUUUCCUGAGUGACUUCCUGCUUAAAAGUUGGUGACCCCUCAUCAUAUCUUUCUGUGUAAUGUAUACUGUAAUGAGAACAAAGCAGGCUUGUCAUAAUCAUUGUAAAAGUUCCACAUGUCUUUAUGUUUUCAAAAUCUUAUGACGAACAAAGUGAGUGCUGAAGGCUUACUCCAACUUCUCCCUUCCCCAGUCUGUUCCCUCUGGUUGUGUUGAACUGCACUCUACGUUGGUGGAGUUUAAGGGAGGAAUGCAGCCAACACAUCCUUCAGGCACUGGAGGCAAGGGUGGGGAACGGGUAGGUACUCUACUUGUUAAACUACCUUCAUAUUCUGUCAAGGGCCUGCUAAAUUUCAUAUGCUGCUGUUUAAAAAAGUAAAUGCUGCAAAAAGGACAUUGCUUGCGUCCUGCUAGUAUUACAUUCCCUCAAACCUUGAUAAAACAGUACAUAAUGUGAAAAGGGGAGUUGUGGUAUGUGGUGUUAAAUUCUGCAAUCCAAAUACAUUGACAAAUAUUCUCAUACAUUUCUAUAACCUUAUUCUUUUUCAGUAAAUAACUGAAAUAUGUUUUCUUCCUUGUCUUCAUUCUACGUACAAUGAAAACAUUUUCUCUAUCUUGUCUGUGGCUGGAUUUCUAAUGCACGUGGUUAUUAUGGCAGAUGAAGAGACUGAAUGCAUCAUGGCACUAUGAAUAUUAUCAGGAUUCUCUGUUAUAUUGCACCCGAUAGAGUAACCCAGAUUAAAAGCUUGUCCUAAUGCCGAGGACCCAUCAUGCUUUGGCAUGAUAUAAUAUAUCCAAAUUUGUUUCCAGAAUUUGUUUCCCUUUUAUUUUGUGUACAAUAUUAAGGAAUUAAAAACAAUAAAAAUAGAAAAAUAAAAUAUAGCAUCAGUAAAACUAGUUAUAUAAGGGACACACAGAGAGAGAAAAUGGGAAAAAAUGACAAGUGAAAAAGUGAACACUAAUUGAUUUUAAUCGGAGAAUUGGAAAAAUAAACAUUGGCUGCAAUAGAAAAAUCAUUUAAGACAGACCACCAGCCAUUCAUGGCAAAACUCCAUUGGAGAGGGGUUGAAAACAAAUUUCCAGUCUCUCAAGAUUGCAUACUUUCCACUUUCCUCCUUCAUAUUUCUAACAACCUGAUUUUCCUAGCAGCUGAACACCUUAUAUUUGAUAUUCUUUUGAUAAUUGUAUGUCCAGCAUUAUGUUACUGAAGGAAAUUUUUUUGUGGGUAUUUUUAGAGGAAGAGAUGAAUUUUAUCAGGAAAAGAGUGGACAAUUGUUUAAGGAAUUAUACACAUACAAAUAUGGACCUACCUGUACCUUAUUUUUUAUGUUCAUGUGAUUGGUUUGAAAUGAAAUGUGUGAUCCCAUCUACUAUGGUUUGUAAACUAUAUAUUAUGACUUGGUGUGGCAUAUUUUUUUUACUGUAUUCUGGUUUAUUCAAUAAGCCAUGAAAUGUUUCCAUAGAGCAGUACGUGUGAAUUCAGCCGUUUCUUCAUAAAUGUGAAAGAAGAUAUUUACAGCAGGAAAUCUAAUGGUAGAUCUCUACACACACACAUGUGUUCCACUUUCAAAUGACUAUAUUCACAUUCAACUCUCUUGGCAAGACAUCAGUGAGACAAGUGACUACAAAAUUUCUUGUAUCAUUUGUCACAGCCAAAUAAAUUAAG